AUGGCCGGGGACACCGGGAUGGCCGGGAAGGUGGCGCUUCUCCUGUGGGCCCAGACCCUCGGCCUCGCUGGUGCCCAGACCACCCAGCUCCUCGUGCAGCCCCCCUGGACGCCGGCGGUGCUGUGGGACCGGGUGACACUGACCUGCCAGGGCUCGGGCACCGCCGGUGCCACCACCUGGUACAAGGACGGGCGGCGCUGGUGGCAGGAUGGACGCGACAGCUUCCUUGUCACUGAGAGUGGCACCUACACGUGUGACAGACCCGGCAGUGGGCGCAGCUCCCCCGUGCUGGUGUCAAAUGAGCCGCUGGUGCUGCAGGUGCCAGCACGGGCACUGCUGGAGGGGGACACGGUGACACUGCGCUGCCGGGGCUGGUCGGACAAGCCUGUCACCAGCGUGCGAUUUUACAAGGACCAAAAAUAUCUGUGGGAGACCAUCCAUGGCACCCUGCUGUUCCUGGCCCGCCUCCAGCAGAGAAAUAGCGGCCGCUACUGGUGCUUGGGCUGGGUGAGCUCAGGAGUGCUACGAUCAGCACCGGUGCCAGUGACAGUGCACGAGCUCUUCUCUGUGCCGGUGCUGGAGGGUCCCCCCGAGCUCACCGAGGGGUCCCCCCUCAAUCUCAGCUGCCUCAGCACCCCCAGCCCCCUGCGGCCCCCAGCCCCCCUCCUGUACAGCUUCUACCGGGAUGGACAGAGGGUGGGGGGCCCGCAGGGGUCCCCGCAGCUCCUGGUGCCCGCCGUGGGGUUUUCCCACUCAGGGAAUUACUGGUGCCAGGUGAGCUCUGAGGGGGGGACCGUGUGGAAGAUCAGCGCACGGCUCGGCGUCACGGUGCACAUGCCCGUGGCCAAUGCCACCAUCACCCCCAGUCCCCCGGCACUCCAGGUGCGCCCAGGUGACCCCGUGACCCUGCGCUGCUCGGUGCAGGUGGGCUCAGCCCCUGUCACCUUCACCUGGCUGUACAACGGCCAGGAGCUGGCCCGGGGUCCCCUCCUGGAGCUUGGGGACGUCGAUGUGGGACAUUCAGGCACCUACCAGUGUAUGGCCACCAACCAGAUGGGACAGGACGGGCACCGCGUGUUCCGGGCACUCAGCCCAGAGGUGGCCCUGGAGGUGACACCACAGGGAACCACUGGACACCUCUGGAUCACAGUGGCCGCAGGGCUUGGCGGGUCCCUCCUCUUCCUGGUGCUGGUCGUGGGUGGAGCUGUGGGCUGGCACCGGUGGAACAACAUGGCUGACAGGAAGCAGCAGGAAAGGGCCCCCCCGGAGCCCCCAGCCCACCCAGAGGAGGGGAAGGUGCUGUACACCCACGUCGUGAUCACCCAGGAGACGGGGGCAUCCCCCCGUGCCACCACACUCCAGGAUCCCCAGGUGACCUACGCGGAGCUGCCAGCAACCCAUGGGCGACCAAGGGAAUCUGGGGUCAUCUACGGGAAUGUGCUGUGA